GGGAUCUGGUAAAGUGCCUAGGUACUAUGUAGGUACCUACCUCUAAGAACCUAGCCUCGCUACCUACAUAGUAGAUACCUAGGUACCUGCUAAGGCACUCGCCAUGAGGCUCAACAGCCUGUGCUCCUGUGGCUUAUGCAUGCUGGAUCUUGUAUCUGCUUGUGGCACAGGCAACAAUUACAUACUUACUGGAGUAGAGCUGAAAGUUCCCUGGCUAGCUUGAAUAGGCAGUGUCUUGGCACCCACCCAAUCGCAGCAGUCAAGGUUGAGCAGGGGAAAUCUGGCCGCAUCUUUCUACAGUGGAACUUUUUGGAAAUGUCAAGGUAGCGCGGCGGACUGGACAGCGCAUCACGUUCCCUACUCCCUUAAACAUCGAUCACUCUCGACUUUCGCAUCGAAUAAUCACAACCACAUCUUUGUGUCUCUCUCACCAUCGCUCAUACCUCUGAUACCAACACUCAUAUUGACACAAAAUGGCCGACGUUAUAACAGACUUCAUUGAUGUCCAGAAGGACUUCAUCAAGGACGGCACACAGUUCAUCAACCGGUGCACCAAGCCCGACCGCAACGAAUACAUCAAGAUCUGCCAGGCUGUCGGUGUUGGCUUUGUGGUCAUGGGCGCCAUUGGCUACCUUGUCAAGCUGAUCCACAUCCCCGUCAACAAUGUCCUAGUAGGGGGCGCUUAAUUCGAACGAGAGUACGAGAAGAGGUUAGAUGUAGAAGAUACCAAGAGCGCUGGUCUUCAACUGCAUGGACGGGAAGGAGACAGUGGAGGAACAACGACACCAUAAUUACCCCCAACUCGCUACCGAUAUCGACUGAUAGCCAUCCCAUGGUGAGAUGAGUUGCCCAAUGACGACAACCAAAACGUGGGCCAGAACAUGGUGAACUUGCCGCAUGGCCCGUAGCUGAGAUCAGGAUCAGGAAUGGUGUUCUAGGACAAAGUGGUUUGGUUGGUCAUUGCGAAGUGCGGUCUCCUGCUAUUCUUGUCUUUACUAUGUCAUUGUACAAAAUUGCAUCGUGUGCGACUCAUAGCUGGGUGUUACAAAAAGCAAUGAAAUAUAA